UCCAAAUCCACUCAGCGACAGUGUCCUCUCGGACCUCUCUCUCCAAAAAGUGCUUCACUGCGCUGCUAACAUCGGCGUCGUUUCCACACACACUCUCUUACACGCACACGCAAGUGUAAGAAGAAAUUAAUUUAAAAAAGAGAAAAGAAAAUAAAAAACACAAAAAAUAUCUUCUUCUUCAUCAUCACCAUCAAUUCUCUUAUCGAUACAACAAAAAAGAUGAUGUUUUACAACUGAAACAAAACAAAAGACAAGGAGUGUUGUGUGGUUACUUUUGAUGGAUCCAAGAGAGGUCCGAUUAAUAGGAGAGUACAUAGUGGGACCGAGAAUCGGGUCGGGUUCUUUCGCGGUGGUUUGGAAAGCCACCCAUCGUCAGUUGGGUACUGAAGUUGCUGUUAAAGAGAUUGAUAAAAAGUUGCUUAGCCCAAAAGUCGGUGAAAAUUUACUCAAAGAAAUUUCCAUUCUCAGCACCAUCAAUCACCCCAACAUUAUUCGUUUCUUUGAAGCUAUUGAGACUAAAGAGAGAAUUUAUUUGGUUUUGGAAUACUGUGAUGGAGGUGAUCUUGCGGCUUAUAUUCAUAGGCAUGGCAAAGUAUCAGAGAAUGUUGCCAGGCAUUUUCUGAGACAAUUGGCUUCAGGAUUGCAAGUACUUCACGAAAAGCAUCUCAUUCAUAGGGAUUUGAAGCCACAGAACUUACUCUUGUCAACUAAUGAAGCUACUCCGGUAUUGAAGAUUGGGGAUUUUGGUUUUGCAAGGUCGUUGACGCCCCAUGACCUGGCCGACACUCUAUGUGGUUCACCAUUAUACAUGGCUCCUGAGAUUAUUCAGAAUCAAAAGUAUGAUGCAAAGGCCGAUUUAUGGAGUGUUGGGGCAAUAUUGUUCCAACUGGUGACUGGAAAGCCACCAUUUACUGGCAAUACUCAGUUUCAGCUUUUUCAGAAUAUUUUGGCAUCCACUGAGCUGCAGUUUCCACCAGAUGCUUUAAGAGAACUACAUCCAGAUUGUGUGGAUCUCUGUGGAAGCCUUUUACGCAAAAACCCUGUUGAGCGAAUAACAUUCAAGGAGUUCUUUAAUCACAAGUUCAUAGGAGAGCUGAGGCAAACAGAGGAUGCUGAAUUGGGUUCUCCAGUUCAACCUACAGAACCAGUGUUUGAGCAGUGUAACCCUUCUGCUUGCAAGGAGAGGCCUCCCUUACAAUCUGGGUGUUCUGCAGACUCAAGCAGAAAUCCAGAAUCAGCUAGUUCUUCUUUAUGUGAAAAAGUGAUACUGAAAGCUAAAGAUCAUGGAAGCACAUCAAGCACUAGAGAUUUAAUGGAGUCCAUUGAGAAAGAGUAUGUUCUUGUCAACUCUCAUAUUGCUUCAGUGGAUGCUUUUUCUUUCUACCUUGAUACAUCUGUGCAAGAUAAUUCCACUACCAGAGUUUCUAUCUGCCCAAAGAAAAAUGACCAUUUAGCAGUUGCUAUGCACACAAAGGAGUCGGCUGCUGGAUGUUCUGGUGCUGCUGAAAUUUCACAGUUUGUUCCAUUGGAAACAUCAUGUGGAUCAAGUAUAUUAAAAGAAUUGCAAGGACUGACCAUAUUGCAUCCUUCUACUAGGCUCCAGUUGUUACAUCAGUAUGUGCAUGCUCUUACGGAACUGGCACAAGAAAAGUACACUGCAGGACUCUUUCCAGAAUCAUUUUCCGUUGAGCUGGUUGUUUUGGCUAUAUGGAAGAAGGCUGUUGUAAUCUGUGGCUCCUGGCUGACCUCUACACAGAGUGAAUUACCAGGUGGCAGUCUCGCCGAUGAAUCGACACCUGUUCAGGGUGGCAAAGUCUUGGUUCCAAAUUCAGAAGACAAAAUAGAUUUUAGCAGCCCUAUUUCUGUUCGCAUGUGGGCAGAGCAAGGGUUUGUUGUUGCAUUGGAUCGUUCAGAGAAGUUAUCAUGUCAUAUUCAAGAUAUGGAUGCUGCUGCUGAGAUGCCUGAUGCUUUGGAAAUCAUAUACCAAAAAGCUCUUUCUGUCGGGACUGAUGGUGCUGUUGAGGAGUACAUGGAGAACAAGGAGAGUGCCGCAGCAUUGUACUCUAAAGCAAUGCUUCUGCUUUCAUUCAUUGUGGGAGAAGCAAUGUCUCUGCAACUAAAACCUCCAUUUAUACUAGAUCAUGUUAAUAAGAAGAGAAUCCAAAGCUACAUUAACAAAUUGCAGUCACGACAGUCUAACUUUAUGAUAUCAAGGCCCACUCACUCUUGAACAAUCCCCCGAUUUUGUCAUCAAGUAACACAUUGACUGUGAGGCUAUGUUCAUAACACCAGCCUCUCUUACAAUUCUACUUACCAACAUAUUUCGGGCAAAUCAUGGUCAUGCAACAGGCAAUUGAAAUCUUGGUUUGACGAGGAGAGGGAUACAAACUAAUAGCUGUUGAUGAAGAAAUGACCAGGAAAUAACUCGAGUCUUGACUAUAAAUAAUGUAAUGUAUAUGGAGAAUGUUUAUAACAGACGGCGCCGCUCAGAGCAAUAUGACCACCUAAACCAAGUACGCAUAAACAAAACUUUCUAUUCUUUUUAUAGGCGGUAGAAUGUGAAUAUGUCUAGAAAUUAUCCCUCUCAAAAUCCCCCCUUUUUCCUUCAGUAAGUGCAUAUAUUUUUCAUUUUUCAGUUGUAUAUAUAAAUAUCCAUGAAAUUUUGUUUCCUAAUGAAUGGUAAAUGUUGGCUGUGAA